AUGGCUAUAUUUGGAUCUCGUCCAGCUAGAACACAAUCACAGACACUACUGAGCAUAAAAUUGCCAGUAACAUUCACAGUAUUAUUGUUUGUCUGGUCAUUGACAACGUUCCAGUGUGGCAGCUGCAGUCAGAGUUCUGAAGAUUUGGAUUAUGAUGAGGACCUCAGUGUGGGUAGCACAGACACAAAUGUGUCCAACCCCUGUGAGCUUGUAUACAAGGAGUACUUGAAUGUGAUUGAUAACUUCACACAUUGUGAGCUCCAGCAUGCAAGACCUUUCCAGUUGUGUCUCAGCUGUGCAGAACAGUUUGAGCAGACGAAGGCCAUGUUCUGGAAUCUUACUGAAGAACCGAAGCAUGUGGAGUGUAAAAACAAAUACUUGCAGUCGGACAAAGUUCAAAUCAUUCCUACCAUGCAGUCCAAUAUGGAGGACAUUUGGAAUAAAGCACAUUGUCAGAAUUGCUAUAUGUACAAGCCUGACGGACUGGGGGCAGGAACAAUUGUCAACAGGACUGAUGUGGCUAGGUUCAUAGAGCUGUACCAGAACUUGACAGACUGUCUCAAUGCUACGAAGGACAUGAGUGCACCUGAACACAACUUUGGAAACAGCUCAAGCAAAUGUCAGACAUGUAACGCCAGCUACACUCUACUCACUGCCCACUACAACAGUAUGUACAGCACAUACUCCGGGGAUGUCUGUAUGGACUUGGUAGACAGGAUGAACUACACCCGUAAGCUGUGGACACUCCACUUUAGGUGUACACAUCGUGAAGGAGAUCAUGACCUUCUACCUGUGGUUGCUAUUUCCUGUAUCGUGGCAUGUACGCCAAUCUUGUUUUACGUGUCUCUGAGAGUCACCAGCAAAGUUGGCCGGAAAAAGAUAUUUAAACAAAAACGGUUAGGGACAAGUUUGGGCACAUCGAGUGACUCUGGCGAUCAUUCCCAGGGUGCUGGAGGUGAUACUGCUGCUAGCAGACGCAGGCAUACCACCACAGACUAG